AACCCAAUUCAAUUUCAACCUCACUCGCUUUCAUCUUCGAAGAUAGGCCCGUCAACAGCUCUUCAGUUUUACGCACUGAAAACUAUUUCUUGUUUCUUUUUUUUCUGGUUAUCUUUUAAUUUGGUGGGUUUUUUUUUAACCGGCGGGAGUGACUGAAACUUUUGGUCAUUGAUCCAAUUGCUUCCAUUUACUUCUAUGGAAACUCAAACAGCUUCUUCCUCCUCCUCCUCUUCUUAUUGGAAAUACGAUGUGUUCCUUAGUUUUCGCUUUAAGGACGUCCGCAUGGGUUUUAUCAGCCAUCUCUUCGCUGCUUUGGAACAAAAGGGUAUUAUCAACUACAGAGACGACGAAAACCUUCCGCGUGGAAAAUAUAUUAUACCAGAACUCUUAAAAGUAAUAGAAGAGACCAAGUUUGCAGUCGUCGUUCUCUCAACAAACUACACUUCUUCGGUGUGGUGCUUGGCUGAACUAGCAAAGAUUGUUGAAUGCAUGAAACAGAACAAGUUGACAAUUUUACCAGUCUUUUACCAUGUGAAUCCCUCUGAUGUACGGAACCAGAUGGGUAUUCUUGCUACACGGAAACGGACUUUUGCUGAAGCCUUUGCUGAGCAUGAAAGAGAUCCCAAAGUUAAAAUUGAGGAUUUGCAAGCAUGGAAAGCUGCUUUGAAAGAAGUCGGCAAUAUAUCUGGAUGGCAUGUACAACAACACAGUUCUGAAGCAGAAGUUAUCCAAGAAAUUGUUCAAAGGGUACUUGGAGAAUUGAAUCUUAUAUUAUCAAGAACUAUUUCCAAAGAUCUUAAGCUUGUUGGAAUAGAAUCCCGUGUGAGGGAAGUGUUGGAUUUAUAUGUAGAUGAAAGGUCGGGUGGUGUUCGCUUUGUAGGAAUUUGCGGGAUGGGUGGAAUUGGUAAAACAACUCUUGCUGUAGAAAUUUUUAAAAGAAUUUCAGGUAGUUUUGAAGCUAGUAGCUAUAUUGCUGAUGUAAGAGAAAAAACUGAAAAUCAACAUCUAGUUUCAUUACAAAAACAACUUCUUUCUAACAUCUUUAUGGAAAGUGAAAUAAAGAUAUGGAAUGUUCAUGAGGGGGUCAAUAUCAUAGGGAAUAGAUUACGUGGUAAGAAGGUUCUUAUUGUUCUUGAUGAUGUUGAGGACCAAAAACAAUUAGAAGCUUUGGCUGGGAACCUUGAUUGGUUUGGUCCAGGGAGUAGAAUCAUUGUAACAAGUAGAGAUAGCCAAUUGUUGAAAAUAUGUGGUGUGAAUUACAUAUAUGCAGCAAAGGGUUUGAAUCCAGAUGAAGCUUUGCAACUCUUUAGUUUGAGUGCUUUCAAGAAACCCCAUCCCAAAGAAAAUUAUGUGGAUUUGUGUAUGUAUUUUGUGAAUUACACUAAAGGCCUUCCUUUAGCUCUUAAAGUUUUAGGUUCUUUGUUAUUUACCAAAAGCAUUGAUGAAUGGGAAAGUCUCAUAGAUAAACUAAAAGUGGAACCUGAAAAAAAAAUUCUGGACAUUCUUCAAAUAAGUUUUGAUGGGCUAAUGGAAACCCAAAAAGAAUUAUUUCUAGAUAUUGCAUGUUUUUUCAAAGGAGAGAACAAAGAUUGCAUAAGAGAGACAUUAAAAAGUUUUGAUUACUAUCCAGACUACAAUAUUGGUGUUUUGAUGGACAAAUCGCUCAUAACCAUUAAUGAAAAUGGAGCUUUGUGGAUGCAUGAUUUAAUACAAGAAAUGGGUCAAGAUAUAGUUCGUCGUGGAUCUAAAGAGCCUGGUAGACGUACUAGGUUAUGGCUUUAUGAGGACGUCCUUCAUGUAUUGAAGAAUAAUACUGGAACAAAGGAAGUUGAAGGCAUAAUGCUAAACGCACCUAUUCAAAAAGAGGAGCACUUGGGUGCUGAAGUCUUCUCAAAGAUGAAAAAAAUGAGAUUGCUUAAAGUGGGUGAUAUGGGUAAUGUGAAACUUCUGCAAGGCCUCAAUUGUCUUUCUAAUGAGUUACGCAUUUUAGAAUGGCAUGGAUAUCCUUUGAGUUCCAUCCCAACCAACUUCCAACCUAAUAAGCUUGUUGAAUUGAAAAUGCAUUGUAGCAGCAUCAAACGAAUAUGGACUGGAAUUAUGAUUUUAGAUGAGUUAAAACUCAUUGACUUGCGUAACUCUCAAAACAUGAUUGAGACCCCAAAUCUAAGUGGAGUCCUAAAUCUUAAGCAAUUGAUUCUUCAAGGUUGUACAGCACUGUCUAAGAUUCAUCCAUCUCUUGGAAAUCUCAAACAGCUUAUUCGAUUAGAUCUGUCUGGUUGCAACUGUCUUGAAAGCCUUCCUCACAAGAUCAACUUGGAAUCUCUUGAAGUUAUUAUUCUUUCCGGCUGUUCAAGACUAAAGAAGUUUCCAGAGGUUGUAGGAAAUAUGCCAUGUUUGUCUGAACUUUAUUUAGAUGAGACUGCUAUAAAAGAUCUACCAUUGUCAGUGGAGCGUUUAACUGGCCUUGUUAAAUUGGAUCUAAGAGACUGCAAAAACCUUUCAAAUCUUCCGAAUGCUUGUUAUAGUCUGAUGUCUCUAAAAAUUCUCACUUUAUCUGGCUGCUCAAAACUUGAAGAACUACCAGAAAAUUUGGAGAAUCUCAAAGGCUUGGAGGAGUUAGAUCUGAGUGGAUCUGCUAUAAAAGUGCUACCUACAUCGAUCAAACUCUUAAAAAAUCUCAAAGAACUGUCUCUUCGUGGGUGUAAAGGGCUAUCAUUUAAAUCUUCAAAUAAACUCUUCAGUUUUUCUUUCAUGCAACCAAGAAGAAGUCCAGAUCUCAUGGCCAUGUUAGAGUGUUCUUUAUCAGGCUUAUGGUCCUUGACCAAACUGGACCUAAGUCAUUGCAAUCUUCAGGCAAUUCCUGAUGCUUUUGAUUACUUGUCGUCCUUGUCAAUAUUAAAUCUAGAAGGAAAUGAAUUUAUUUGGCUUCCUAAAAGUAUGAUUCAACUAUCAAAUCUACAAGAUCUUUUUCUGCGUGGUUGCUCGAAUCUUCGAUCAUUGCCAAAGCUUUCAUCAAACAUUAAGUAUAUUGAUGCAACACAGUGUACCUCACUGGAAACAUUAUCAUUAGGAUCAGAAUAUGAUUUUCGGCCAGCACUUCAGCUUCUGAAUUGUGUCAAAUUGAUUGAGAAUCAAGGCUACGGUUACAUGUCAACAAUGCUAAGUCGUUAUUUUAUUAAUGACAAGCAUUACUAUGGGCAAGACAGAUUGGCACAUUAUAUCUAUGUUCCUGGAGGUGAAAUUCCGAAAUGGUUUAGACACCAAAAUGUGGGGGCUUCAGAUUGGAGGUUACAAAAUGCGGGGCCCAUUUGGUAUUCAAGCAAGUCAUUGAAGAUCUCAAACAAACUAUGGUUGGGUCUAGCAGCUGCAGCAUCACUCCUUAUGAGGAUGAUUUUGACGGUUCAGCCAGAGAUACCAUAA